CCUCUCGGGCUGCUAGGUCCCCCGGUCCCCGGCGCAUGGGUAUCCUCCGAGGCGGGCCCCCAUGCGCUCGGGCCAUGGCGCGCCUGGGCGCCGUGCGCUCCCAUUACUGCGCGCUGCUGCUGGCCGCGGCGCUGGCCGUCUGUGCAUUUUACUACCUAGGCUCGGGCCGGGAGACCUUCUCCAGCGCCACCAAGAGGCUGAAGGAGGCCCGCGCCGGAGCCCCCGCUGCGCCCUCGCCGCCGGUGCCGGAACUGGCGCGCGGUUCCGUGGCGCCGGCCCUGGGUGCCAAGGCCAAGAGCCUGGAUGGCGGCGGGGCCGGGCCGGUGGACUACCACCUGCUGAUGAUGUUCACCAAGGCGGAGCACAACGCCGCGCUGCAGGCCAAGGCCCGCGUCGCGCUCCGCUCCCUGCUGCGCCUCGCCAAGUUCGAGGUCGUCUUCCAUGAUGUUGCCGUGCUGAUGGACAAGCUCUUCCCAGUCGUGGAGGCCAUGCAGAAGCACUUCAGUGCUGGCUCUGGGACCUACUACAGUGACUCCAUCUUCUUCCUCUCUGUCGCCAUGCAUCAGAUCAUGCCCAAAGAGAUCCUGCGGAUAAUUCAGCUGGACCUAGACCUAAAGUACAAGACCAACAUCCGGGAAUUGUUUGAGGAGUUUGACAGUUUCCUGCCAGGCGCCGUCAUUGGCAUCGCAAGAGAGAUGCAGCCGGUGUACAGGCACACAUUCUGGCAGUUCCGACAUGAGAACCCCAAGACCCGGGUUGGGGGCCCACCCCCUGAGGGGCUCCCCGGCUUCAACAGUGGGGUGAUGCUGCUGAACCUGGAGGCCAUGCGCCAGUCCCCACUCUACAGCCGCCUGCUGGAGCCAGCCCAGGUGCAGCAGCUGGCUGACAAGUACCACUUCCGAGGUCACCUCGGGGACCAGGACUUCUUCACCAUGAUCGGCAUGGAGCACCCCGAGCUCUUCCACGUACUGGACUGUACCUGGAACCGGCAGCUUUGCACCUGGUGGAGGGACCACGGCUACAGUGACGUCUUCGAGGCCUAUUUCCGGUGCGAGGGCCACAUCCGGAUCUACCAUGGGAACUGCAACACCCCUAUCCCGGAGGUCUAGGUGCAUUCUUGCCCACCGUGGCCUCAGGCCUCUGGGUCUGGGGGAAGGGGCACCUCUGGGACAUGCCCCCAGGUGGUGUCUGAACUCCUUGAGAGACACUGCAGGGAUGCCCUCUGUGAUCAGGUGCUGCAGCUCUGCCACCCAUGGGCUGCUGUCCUGAGGCCACCCAGUGACCAAUGUCCUGCACACUGCUAGUGCUUGGGGACUUCUCCCUCCAGGGGACAGGCAUCGUGAAGGCAAACGCAGGGACAUCUUCCAGUGGGCUAGGAAGCGGGUGUUUGAAGAGAAGAAAGGAAAGAAAAACAUGCCCUUUGCCUUCAACCCCCAGAGAAUGGAAAUCCUUUUAAGAACCAGGCUUUCUUGGACAAAAUAUAAAUUUAUUUUAAAUUGAUAGGCUUCCAUUUUGAAAGAAAGAACAAACAGAACUUCUGCAGCUCCCAAUGAGCUCUGAACCGGUGAGCCAGGGUUUCAACAACUGGCACAGAUUUUAAGCAUCCAAACGAACGCCCACCUUCCACAUGUGCCCCGCAGGAGGCUGCGCUCCCACCCACGAUGCUCACGUUGCCAGCUGCAGGUGGAAAGAUUGCCACCUCUUUGGGGAGGGCCUUUAGUGCCCGCAGUGGCCCACAUCACAAAACUGGCCUCAUUAUUGUAGCCUUCGCAGCUCUUACCUCCCAACUGCGUCAUGGAACCUCAAUAUCCCUUAGCUGAGCCAGCUCCAGGUGACCAGACCGUGCUCAGAAAUCAUAUCUGUCGUCAAAGAACAGAGGUCAGCCACCCCCAAGGACACGCAAUGGGAUUGUCUGGACUGGGAAGACUCAUUCCAAAUAGGAGCCUAGCAUGCUCGAGCAUGACUGUGUGGCUCAGGCGGGCUGUCGCUCUUGGGCCUGUAAGCAUUCCAGUCUCUGCUUAAAAAAUUCCUCCUCUGAACUUUCUCAUUGCACCAGGUCAGACCUGUACCUUAGAAGAAUUUAGGAUAUUUUAAAAUUUCUUUUUUUAAUGAAUCCUCCUGUAAGUAAGCUGACACAGGAAGCCCCUAAUAAUCCAUUUUGUAGAGUCCAGCUGAAGUCCUUGGGGAGGAGAUGUGGUUGGAUUUUCAUCUUAUUUUAUUUCAGUUUCAUUUACUUUUUUAUUUCUUCUCAUCAUGAAUGAGAAUAA